AAAAGAGUGGAUAACACGUUAAGCGAAGCCCAACUCAAACCCUAAAAAACACUCCUUUAACUGCAAGUGAGAAGUUCGAAGGGUUUUCGUCUCUCUUGUCCAUCAAGACAGCCGCUUUUGUGCAGCUAUUCGGAAUGGCAUUUGUGAAGGCUCAGAAGUCAAAGGCCUAUUUCAAGAGAUACCAAGUUAAGUUCAAAAGAAGAAGAGAGGGAAAGACUGAUUACCGAGCGAGGGUUCGUCUGAUUAAUCAGGACAAAAACAAGUACAACACUCCAAAAUAUCGUUUCGUUGUUCGAUUUACAAACAAGGACAUUGUUGCUCAAAUAGUAUCGGCUAGCAUUGCCGGUGAUAUAGUUCUUGCUGCAGCAUAUGCACAUGAGCUUCCUCACUUUGGCCUCGAAGUAGGUCUUACCAACUAUGCUGCAGCUUAUUGCACCGGUCUUCUCUUGGCUCGCCGAGUUCUCAAGACACUAGAAAUGGACGAGGAGUACGAAGGCAAUGUUGAGGCUUCCGGAGAGGAUUAUUCAGUUGAACCCGCUGAUUCGAGGAGGCCAUUCCGUGCUCUUCUUGAUGUUGGUUUGGUGAAGACCACAACUGGCAAUCGCGUCUUUGGUGCACUUAAGGGAGCCUUGGAUGGAGGUCUGGAUAUUCCUCACAGCGAUAAAAGGUUUGCUGGUUUUGACAAGGAGAAAAAGGAGCUUGAUGCUGAGGUUCACCGAAAGUAUAUCUUUGGGGGACAUGUUACUGCCUACAUGAAGACUUUGAUUGAAGAUGAACCAGAAAAAUACCAAACACACUUCAGCGAAUAUAUCAAGCGUGGGGUAGAAGCCGAUGGAAUUGAGGAACUAUACAAAAAGGUUCAUGCCGCCAUUCGUGCAGAUCCCACCAUCAAGAAGUCUGGGAAGCAGCCACCAAAGGAACACAAGAGGUACAACUUGAAGAAGCUCACAUAUGAAGAGAGGAAGGCUAAGUUGAUUGCACGCUUGCAGGCUCUUAAUUCCGCUGCUGGAGAUGAUGAGGAUGAAGACGACGAUGAUGAGUGAAUUUGAAAAUUGAAUUCAUGCUAAACUCAUGUUUUAGAUUGAAUUUUCAUACUCGUUUCCUUAUAAAUUUUGUUGCUGUACCUUUUGUUUUAGAUCAACAUUUUUGGAUUAUCCUGGUUUGAUUUGUUUCAAUUUUACCUUAUUUGUUUCGGGAAAUUACUUGCAUUGGAUAACCUUUGUUAUCAUUAUACUCUGAGCAUUUGAUAAAUUGAUAGUUUGAGAACAGAUUGUCUGAAAA